UCGCCGCAGUGCCGCGCGCCAGUCGCCAGACGCCGCGACAGACGCGCCGUAGUAUGCCGGCGCCGCGGGUUCGUAGUCGACGCGCCCGCCCGCGCGUCUCUCGCGCGCUCGCGCCACCGACCACGGCCGCUUGUCCAUCCGGCCCGUGCGCCCUAACGCACGCAAACUCGCGCGUUCCUACUCUAUACGAUGAAAUGUAAAUAUUUAUGGAUGUCAGUUUUGAGUUGUUUAGAUUGGCUGUGAAAUUCAAGGUGAAAAUGAAAUCAACAAGGCGUGUUCGAGUGCAUGAAGAUGCUAUACGUCAUAGUGAGUGUAAGCGUGGCGGCGACCGGCUGGCGACGCCGCGGAUGUCGCUGCUCGGCAAGCCGCUCAGCUACCGCGCCACGCGACGCGACGCGCGCUACCGACGCCUGCAAUCCAAGUUCUACAACUUCCUUGAACGCCCGAGGGGAGUCAAAGCCGUCCUCUAUCAUAUGAUUGUGUUCCUGAUGGUGUUUAUGUGUCUCUCGCUGUCGGUUUUCUCUACGAUCGAGGAGUACGAAGCUAAAGCAGGCAUCGUCCUGUUUUACAUGGAGACCGUAGUCGUCGUCUGGUUCGCUAUAGAAUUUAUUUUAAGGCUCUGGUCAUCAGGAUGCAGGUCCCGAUAUCAAGGAUCAAUAGGACGGCUAAAGUUUUUGAAGCGGCCAUUUUGUAUAAUAGAUGUAACAACAAUAAUGGCGUCGUUGGUGGUGCUGGGGAUGGGAUCGUCGGGGCAGGUGUUUGCGGCGUCGGCGCUGCGGGGUUUGCGGUUUUUUCAAAUACUGCGCAUGGUACGGAUGGACCGGCGCGGCGGCACAUGGAAACUGCUCGGCUCCGUAGUUUAUGCACAUCGACAGGAAUUAAUAACAACUUUGUACAUAGGCUUCCUCGGCCUUAUAUUCGCAUCAUUUUUGGUUUAUUUAGCAGAAAAAGACGUCGCCGACACAAAAUUUAAGAAUUUCGCUGAAGCUUUAUGGUGGGGUGUUAUCACGCUGUGCACGGUCGGGUACGGCGACAUGGUGCCUCAGACUUGGCAGGGGAAAUUCAUCGCCUCCUUCUGCGCGCUAUUAGGGAUAUCGUUCUUCGCUCUACCCGCUGGUAUAUUAGGAUCCGGUUUCGCGUUAAAAGUGCAGCAGCAACAGCGACAGAAGCACAUGAUUCGGCGCCGGCAGCCAGCAGCCACGCUCAUACAGGCGCUGUGGCGGUGCUACGCCGCCGACGAGCACUCCAUGAGCAUUGCCACUUGGAAGAUACACCAGAUACCACUGCCCAGCCCACAGACGAGUCGAGUUAUGAGUGCGUCAUUCAAGAACAAUGCAUCGUUUGUGUCGCGGCUGCCGACGAUCCGGCGACACAAAAGCACGUCGCUGCACUCGCCCGCGCCCGCGCCCGCGCCGCACGCCAAGCACCGCUACGACGUCAACGCCAGCGCUGAAAAUCUCGGCUCGAGCCGUCCGCCGCACGGCCGGCCAGUGCGCGCUCGACCCGUCAACCCUUCGCACAGCGAGGACUCGGUGGCUGAAACGGCGCUCUCCAAACGAAACUCCGACGACGAGGAUGAGGAGCCCCGUUGUGUGACAUUAACUCCGCGUCAUAAAGCUGCUAUCAGAUUUAUAAGGAAGAUGAAGUAUUUUGUGGCCCGACGUAAGUUUAAAGAAGCGCUAAAGCCAUACGACGUAAAGGAUGUUAUAGAGCAAUACUCCGCGGGCCACGUGGACCUGCUGGGCCGAGUGAAAAACGUCCAGACUAGGUUAGAUCAAAUUCUCGGCAAGCAAGGCUCGAAAGCUAAAGACGUGUAUGCAUCCAAAAUCAGCCUAGCUUCCAGAGUUGUAAAAAUUGAAAGACAGGUAGAUGACAUAGAAAGUAAGUUAGAUCAUUUAUUAGAAAUGUACGAAGAGGAUAGACGUACGACAAGGCGGCUGGGCGCUGCUAACGGCGAGAGCGGCGGUUCUGGCGAGGGAGCCGGGCGCGCGCGGCCCGCUAUUGCCGACAAGCAGUGCUCGGAACCCAACUCCCCCGUGUCGCGCGCUUUCGAGCCCGCCCCAGGGCCUACCGCUCUCGCCGCCCCACACCUCAAGCGGCCCAUGAAUAGAGGGUAUUCUGAUCUAGGGACGAGAUUUAUGCGCAAAAAAGUCAUCGUCAAAACAUCGUCAUCGAAUAGAAAUGGUGAAUCGCCGCGAGACGAUGAAGUAGUUAUAGUAGUGCCGACUGACCGCGAGGACACGCCGCCCCGCCUCGCCACUGACAGCUCCGAAGUUUGCGCAAGCUGUUCAGUGGAGGUAGAGACGGAAGCGGAGGCAGGAGGCACGCGCUCAGGGAGUUCCGGGUCACCAUCGUGGUGCGAGGGCGAGGGCGAGGCGGGGGACGAGCGGGGAUAUGGCUCGGGUGACUCCCUCGCGGAGGACGCCGCGCUGCUCGGCGCCGCCCAGGGCGCACACCCUCCCAGACUCCUGCGCACACAGAGACGAGACGUCGCCGUCGACCUGCACCUGCUCAGGCCCGACGUAUGAGCUACACAACUCCUCGUGCUGCGCACCUCGCAAACACAGGGGCCUCUACUUUAAUCGCACAAUAACUCUAGCCGCUCACGAACAUUACUUGUCAUAGACGCUUCAGCAUAGAAUUUGUCGGAGCAGAAAAAACGCUUCAAUGAUUAAAAUAAAGUAUUAUUUAAAUAUGUAAGUCUCGUGCAGUGAUUAUUAAUAGACAAUUUGUACAACGAUUUAAAUAGUGUGAUUAAAUUAAGAUUAUAAUUCCACUCAUUUUAGAUGUAUAUAAAAGACCAAAGACUCAAAAGUAGACAUGGUACCUUUUAUAUGCAAGUACAUAAUUUAACUGACUACGCCUAUCUCGUUAUGAAAUUUUGCUUACAUGAUAUAAAUUAUGUACGAAAUCUAUAAAUAGUGGCUUUUGAGUUAAUCUUCAUUAAUGCAAGUAGAUGUUCCUUUAAAAUUGUACAUAAAUAUUAGAUUAAUUUUAGUCAAUAUAUUAGAAUAUCCCAAUCUGAAAGCCACAAAUAACAGCUGCGGCGGAACAAACCACAUCUGCCUUGAUAUAAUAGUUAGAGUAAUAUAAAAGUUCUUAAACUUUCCUUCGCACGUCCCAAUAAGUAGAUUUUUAUUAUUAAAAAAGUAGAUAAUCGUAAAACUUUUAUCAUGUUAAUUCAACAAAUUCGAUAUUGAUAUCUUCUCCUCGACAGAUUUUUCAUUUGUUGAUGAUCCUCGUUUGUAAUAAAGCACAUCUUACAUGCUUUUGUAAAAUAGAUGGCUAACAUGUUUUUUUCUCAAUACUAGAAUUUCAUAUUUACAAGUGAACUGUGAUAAACUUUUGAGUUUAAUACUAGUACCCACACUAAGCGCAUUUUACCGAUAAAAUAAAAAAUAUAUAGAUUACUAUCAAAUAUUACUUUCAAGAUUUCUAUAAACACAACUCAAAUAAAUCUGCAUCAUUUAUUAUAUUGCCGUUUUAACUUCAAUAUGUAAACAAAUUAUUUCUGACAUGUAGACUAUGAGAACAGGAUUAUCUAUGUAUAUUCUUCGAAUAGGACUAGAAUGGUGGAGUCAAGUAAAGCGAAACCAAUUUGUUUUUAAAGAUUUUCGUGAAAUUCCUAGAAUCGACACACAUUAUUUAGUUUAAUAUAAUUCAAGUUAACAUUUUCUAUUUUUUAAGACUAUAAAAUGUGUUGUAAACUGUAUCGAAUAAUUUCAUCUGAGAAAAAAAUUCAGAACAAAAUGGGACUUCUCUUUUAUGUAUUUUGUAUACGACUUUAGUUGCUUAUUGUGAUGCAGAUUUAUGGUUGGCUAGUUCGUUUGACUUUUGAACCUAUUCUUGAACCAAUUUUUAAAGAAAAGUUUUGGAUGCGUUUCUUGAUAAAAGCAGGGUAAACAUUUGCCUGACAUUCAAAAUAUAAUAAUUAUAAGACUUUAAUGUUUAUAUAAAUAUUUAUAGAAUGUCACACUCCAACAACCAGAUUUACACUGGUCAAUGAACUAAUAAUUUAAAUUGUACGGCUUUUGCCUAAUCCAGCAAAUAGCAAAUAAUAGUUACAAUGGGACCUAGUUUUGCCUCACAAAAUAUUAAUUAUUAAUUAACUGCGUUACUAUAAGGCAUUCUAUCAUUAUAUGUAUAAAUUCGUCUCGUAUUUACAUAGAUCACGAUAUACCAAAAGGUAAUAAUAACAUCGAUAUAUUAGUAAUUCAAGAUUUUUAUUAGAUGCCCCAAGAUCUAC